AUGCAGGAGCCGCUGCUGCGGGCCGCGGGCCCGGACUACGACACCUUCGCCGGGGGGCCGCCCGCGUCGCCGUCGCCGUCGCCCCCGGACGGGGCGCGCGCCGGGCGCCUGCAGAACUGGAGGGUGUUCCUGGCCACCUUCGCCGCCGUGCUGGGCAAUUUCAGCUUCGGGUACGCCAUGGUCUACACGUCCCCGGUCAUCCCCGCCCUGGAGAGCUCCCUGGACCCGGACCUGACACUGACCAAGAACCAGGCGUCCUGGUUCGGGUCCGUGUUUACCCUGGGCGCGGCGGCGGGGGGCCUCAGCGCCAUGGUCCUCAACGACCUCCUGGGCCGGAAGCUCAGCAUCAUGUUCUCGGCCGUGCCCUCGGCCGCCGGCUACGCGCUCAUGGCGGGCGCCCACAGCCUCUGGAUGUUGCUGCUGGGGCGGGUGCUGACGGGCUUCGCCGGGGGCCUCACGGCUGCCUGCAUCCCGGUGUAUGUGUCUGAGAUUGCUCCCCCAGGUGUUCGAGGUGCCCUGGGGGCCACACCCCAGCUCAUGGCUGUGUUCGGAUCGCUGUCCCUGUACGCCCUUGGCCUCCAGCUGCCCUGGCGCUGGCUGGCCGUGGCCGGAGAGGGGCCUGUGCUCAUCAUGGUCCUGCUGCUCAGCUUCAUGCCCAACUCCCCGCGCUUCCUGCUAUCCCGGGGCAGGGAUGCCGAGGCCCUGCGGGCGCUGGCCUGGCUGCGUGGGGCCGACGCCGACAUCCGCUGGGAGUUCGAGCAGAUCCAGGACAACGUCCAGAGACAGAGCAGCCGCAUGUCGUGGGCCGAGGUCCGGGACCCCCACAUGUACCGGCCCAUCGUCAUCGCUGUGCUGAUGCGCCUCCUGCAGCAGCUGACCGGCGUCACGCCCAUCCUGGUCUACCUGCAGCCCAUCUUCGACAAGAUGGCCGUGCUGCUGCCCGCCAAGGAUGAUGCAGCCAUCGUGGGGGCCGUGAGACUAUUGUCUGUGCUCAUCGCUGCCCUCACCAUGGACCUGGCUGGCCGAAAGGUCCUGCUCUUCAUCUCAGCAACCGUCAUGUUCUCUGCCAACCUGGCUCUGGGGCUGUACGUCCACUUUAGUCCUCUGGCCCCCAACAGCACCACAAGCCUCGAGGGCAUGCCCUUGCGGGGCACAGAGCAGCCCCUGGCUACGCCCAGCAGCUACCUCACCCUGGUGCCUCUGCUGGCCACCAUGCUCUUCAUCAUGGGCUACGCCAUGGGCUGGGGGCCCAUCACCUGGCUGCUCAUGUCCGAGAUCCUGCCGCUACGGGCGCGCGGCGUGGCCUCGGGGCUCUGCGUGCUGGUCAGCUGGCUCACCGCCUUCGCCCUCACCAAGUCCUUCCUGCUGGUGGUGAAUGCCUUUGGCCUGCAGACCCCCUUCUUCUUCUUCGCCGCCAUCUGCUUGGUGAACCUGGUGUUCACCAGCUGCUGCGUGCCCGAGACCAGGGGCCGGUCGCUGGAGCAGAUCGAGUCCUUCUUCCGCACCGGGCAGAGGUCCUUCCUGCACUAGGCGGGCCCCGCCGGGGCCUCUGCAGGA